UUACCAAGCCAUAGCUGCUGCUGCUGCUGCUGCUACUCACCUUAAAUACGGCGCCACCAUCGCCAUCACAUCACCAACGACACAAUUAAGCAAGCAGCAACACAAACUUUCACAGUCUCAUAAGCUAGUGCUUGCAGUGAUUCCAGUAGCAGUUAGGGUUAACACACAGAUCGAGAUCAAGCUGGUCGUGGAUCGGCCGAGAGAUUUAUUUUCAUCGAAGAUCAUUAAGCAUCAUAUCGAUCUGAUGGAGGGUGGCGGUGGAUGGGAUGAUUAUCAGGGGAAGGACGGCGGCGAGCCCACCAAGUACCGCGGCGUGCGGCGGCGCCCGUCGGGCAAGUUCGCCGCCGAGAUCCGCGACUCCAGCCGGCAGAGCGUGCGCGUGUGGCUCGGCACCUUCGACACGGCCGAGGAGGCGGCGAGGGCGUACGACCGCAAGGCCUACGCCAUGCGCGGGCACCUCGCCGUGCUCAACUUCCCGGCGGAGGCGCGCAACUACGCGCGCGGCGGGUCGUCGUCUUCUUCCCGGCAGCAGCAGCAGCAGCAGCAGGAAGGAGGAACAGGCGGCGGGCGGCAGGUGAUCGAGCUGGAGUACCUGGACGACCAGGUGCUGCAGGAGAUGCUCAAGGGCAGUGACGGAAAAAACAACUGA